AUGUUACUAGUAACUGUACUGUUCUUAUAUGGAAGUGCGCUAGUAGUGGCCAAGUUGCCAAGAAAAGUAUUCUACGAUAUAGACCAAGCAGAAAUAUUAUUCGAGCAAUUCAUACAGACACAUGACAAGCAGUACGCAGAUGAUACAGAGAAGGCAAUGAGACUUGCCACGUUCAAGCAGAAUCUGCAUGUUGCUAACAAGAAGAACGUAAUUCAGCAGCAUGCAACUUUUGGUAUCACACAAUUUAUGGAUUUGACUUUAGAAGAAUUCCAACAAAAAUUGACCUGCUUCAACAAUUUAACAGUUGGUAAUGAUUGUACUAAAGCUUCGUAUAAAAAAACCUCUACUGCGCCUGAUUCGUUUGAUUGGAGAGACAAAAAUGGUGUGACAAGAGUCAAGGUCCAAGGCGCAUGCGGAUCAUGCUGGGCGUUCAGUACAAUUGGUAACGUUGAAAGUGUGUACGCCAUCAAACAUGAACAGCAGAUAGAGUUGUCUGAACAGCAGCUGGUCGAUUGUAACACAGAGAAUCAGGGAUGUAAUGGAGGGUUUAUGUCGGUGGCUUUGAGGUACCUAAGUACUAAAGGAGCCAUGUCAGAACAGGACUAUCCAUAUUCAGCUCAGACUGGUAACUGCAAAUAUGAUGAGAAGCAAGUUAAAGUGAAGGUAUCAGACUGCAAGGAUUAUUCUGAUACCACUGAGGACAAAUUGAAGGAUGUAUUAGUAAAUAUUGCACCACUGUCCAUGGCGUUAGACGGGUCGGAUCUCCAGGCCUAUACCGGUGGAAUCCUGACAUGUAACAGCAACACUAUCAACCAUGGGGUCCUCUUAGUUGGUUACGGCACAGAUAAUGACCAACCGUUUUGGACGUUUAAGAAUUCCUGGGGCGAGUCCUUCGGAGAGAAGGGAUAUUUCAGGAUACAACGAGGUGUAAAUGCGUGUGGUAUUCUCAAUGAUCAAAUUGUCUCUGCUGUGGUAGAAUAA